AUCCUCAACAAACAACAGCAAACUCCUAAAUACUUUUAAAUUUUUUACUUAUUUUUCCCCGUUUUACUAAAGAGAUUGCUAUUAAAGAUGUGUUAAAUCACCCCAUUAUAUUAUAAUAUAUAAAGAGUUUGUUUAAAGAGAUUUUAUUAAGAAAUAAAAUAAACUAAUAACCCCCCGUUAAAGAUGUUGAGAUAAAUUAAAGUUACAUACCCGUCCACUAUGACGUAUACUACUACUACUACUACUGCCCCAGAAAGUUGCUAUUACUACUAAAGAUUACUGAUUACAAUAAAUUUACUACCUUACUGCCAUUAUUAAAGAAUUGUUAAAUUUAAAAAUGUCUGCUACUACUCCUAUGUUAUUCGAAGAUUCAUUGUUUGAAUCUCAGAUUUUAAUUGCUUCCGAUGAACACACAACCAACGACGUUGUUGUUCCCGCCACUAAGCAAAUCCAUGUUGAACCAGAAUUAGGUUCAGCAUUGCCUAUGGAACGUAAACCUGGACCAGCCUCACCAAUGCCCAUUCACUCGAGUGUGCUUGACCUGGUUUUCAGUUGUACCAUGGAUGAAUUGGAAAACACUCCUAUGUUUGAUGAGUUGGACCUCAUCGUUGAUGGCUCCAAGGUCAACACCAAGGAUGACUGGGUUUCCUUAUUUGGUGCUGUCACCAGUACUAAUGACGAACCUUUACUCUCGUUGGAUGAUUUAGGUGCCAUUGAUGAUGAAGAAAUUGUUCCUCGCGACGAGGCAUUCAAUUCAGAUGCUACUGUUUCCGCUGAGUCGGCAAACACUACUGCUACUUCAAGUCCAGGUGUUGCUCCAUCAACCACUGCCACUUCGAUGACAAUUGGUUCCAAGAGACGCUUCACUGAAGUUGAGGAAUCCUUUGAGUUCCUGGUUCCUAACCAAUUGUUUACUCCAAACCCAUCAUCAACCCUCCCAACACCAUUGCUUGAUUCUAAGAAGAAGUCAACCAGUUCUAAAGUUGACCACUUGGGCUGUGUUACAUACUCCAAGAAGUCUAGAUCUCAACCAUUGCAACCAGUUGUAGCUGAUUCGAGUGACCCUGUUCUGCUUAAACGUGCUAAGAACACUGAGGCUGCUCGUAGAUCUAGAGCUCGUAAGAUGGAACGUAUGACACAAUUAGAAACAAGAGUUGAAGAGUUGAUUGAUGAAAAGACUGGAUUGGAACAAGAAGUUUUGAGGUUAAGAGAGUUGCUUACUAAGAAUGGUAUCCAAUACUAAUUCUAGUUUAGCUAACCUGGUUUGAUUUUUACGAGAAUUGUUUAAAUAUGUUUUAUAUAUAAGAAUAAUAAUAAUUU